AUGUUAUCCCGUGAUAGGAUGGAAAUUUGUCUCUUCACCGACCUCCCUGUCAUUAAGCUCCCAACAAAAAGCCUACCUGUCCACAAGCUUACCUGUCGACCAGCUUACCUGUCCACCAGCCUACCUGUCCACCAGCUUACCUGUCCACUAGCUUACCUGUCGACCAGCCUACCUGCCCACCAGCUUACCUGUCCACCAGCUUACCUGCCCACCAACUUACCUGUCCACCAGCCUACCUGUCGACUAGCCUACCUGCCCACCAGCUUACCUGUCCACCAACUUACCUGUCCAUCAGCCUACCUGCCCACCAGCUUACCUGUCCACCCAGCUUACCUGUCCACUAGCUUACCUGCCCACCAGCUUACCUGUCCACUAGCUUACCUGUCGACCAGCCUACCUGCCCACCAGCUUACCUGCCCACCAACUUACCUGUCCACCAGGUUACCUGUCGACCAGCCUACCUGUCGACUAGCCUACCUGCCCACCAGCUUACCUGUCCACCAACUUACCUGUCCACCAGCCUACCUGCCCACCAGCUUACCUGUCCACGCAGCUUACCUGUCCACUAGCUUACCUGCCCACCAGCUUACCUGUCCACCAACUUACCUGUCCACCAGCCUACCUGCCCACCAGCUUACAUGUCCACCAGCCUACCUGCCCACCAGCUUACCUGUCCACCCAGCUUACCUGCCCACCAGCUUACCUGCCCACCAGCUUACCUGUCCACCAGCCUACCUGCCCACCAGCUUACCUGUCCACGCAGCUUACCUGCCCACCAGCUUACCUGCCCACCAGCUUACCUGCCCACCAACUUACCUGUCCACCAGCCUACCUGCCCACCAGCUUACCUGUCCACCCAGCUUACCUGUCCACCAGCCUACCUGCCCACCAGCUUACCUGCCCACCAGCUUACCUGCCCACCAGCUUACCUGUCCACCCAGCUUACCUGUCCAACAAAACUGA